AUGCCUCCACUUUCAGUAUGGCAACAGGUCCUUGUCAACAAAAGUAAUCGGCCUGUUCUUGCGUCGGAUGAGCACAAUGUCUACAUCAAAGAUGGGAUCGGGCUUUAUCAAGGCCGGCUGAAGAUCAAGAAGUAUCAGAACGGAAGACUAUAUCUAACCAAUCGGAGGAUCAUCUGGCUUGAUCAAAAUGACCAACAGCGACCAAUUGCUGUCGAAUUAUCAGCAAUUGAACGUAUUGAGCUUGUUGAAGGGUUUUUGCGGUCGUCGCCGAAGAUAAAGGCGUUUUUGAAGCAAAAUGAAGAGACUAGCAUAAAAGGAGAAGCCAUGGAUGUGUCUGGUUCAACGCCAAAAGGAAGUUUUGACCAACUCAAUGUUCUGGACGCGGCCUUACGUCUGCGCUCCUCCACUGUCACUUGGGUCUGUGUGAUAUGUCUGUACAAUAAUCUGAUCAGCACCGACUGCGACUUGAAUGCUGCACUCCCGACAUGCAUAUCUUGCGGAAUCCCACCUUCCCGUGCCCAGAUUGAGCGUGUGCUUGCUGAGGCCGAUGAGCUGAGUCGUGAACUGACUCUAAAUGGACCCCCUCCAAAUCUGGAAGCUUGCCCAAAAUGUACCUUCGUGAAUCAUCCCUCAAUGCGCUACUGUGAACUUUGUGGUACUGCUCUUCGCCUGGUAUCAUCAUCUCUCAUGAAACGUCUCCAGUCGUUAGACAAUCCUUCUUCUCUGAGUAUAAUCUCCGAGAAUCCUAUGGGACUCAUACUCGAAGACAAAGAGGAAUAUACAAAUAACAUACCUUACGUGAAAUUCAGCUUCCGAAAAGGAGGCGAACUGGCAUCAUACCAGCAUCUUCUUGAGGAGAUCCAGUCCAUUCAGUGGCUGGCGCUUGAGGCAAAGGGUGCCAUUAAUGGAGAAGGAACGAAAAUCGUAGAACUGCGUGAGCCCAGCCCUCAAAAGGAAUUGGUUGGUGGUAUUCGUGGUUUGGAAAAACUUGACCAGCUUAAAAGAAAGCAAAACGAGAUGGUCCUAUCCCUGUCACUAGACGACUUCGAGCAACUCAUGUACAAAGCUCAAGAUAUUCUCAAUCUUGCAUCUACAUUUAAAACUGUCAUCAAGCCUCAGAGACACAGUUUCAACAUAGAGGGCAAGACAAUGCCGCCACUACUGUUCAAUAAGAGCUCAAGUCUCUACCACCAGGAACUCCUUCGACAUGUAAGUGAGUUCCUCCUCAACUUUGAACUCACUUCUGUUACGUCCAUGAUCACGCUACAGGACUUAUUUGCCUCGUACAAUCGAUUCCUAAUUCUAAGUCAAGGCUUUGGCACUGAAUUAAUCCCGCCCCAGGACUUGACGAAAUCUCUAGAUCUCGUGGAUAAGCUCAAAAUGCCGAUCAGGCUCAAAACAUAUCUGUCAGGUCUUGUGGUUGUUGCCAGACGGUCUCAUGACCUGCAAAGUCUUCACCGAGUUCUUUUACAGUACUUGAUAGAUGAGGAAAAUUCUUUCACCUACGAAAAAUACAAAAGUGAAUUGCUUGCGGAUAACGAUGGCUACAUGAGAGAUAAAUAUCGUGUGUUCAACGGGCUUACAGUUUCUCAAAUAGCAGACCACUACGGCUGGUCCCCAGCGGUCUGUGCUGAAGAAUUAGAGCUGUGUCUCGAAGAGCAACUUCUUGUUGUGGACGAGCAUAUUUCGGGCACUUUCUAUUAUGCCAAUGUGUUCGAUCCGACUAUUUUGGCGCGGCUAGCUAAUGAAGAGUCACAGAAGAAGGAUGCCCAAAAUGAUGUCUUGGCACAACAAAAAUUAAUCUCUGAUAAACUCAAAACCACAUAUGAUGCAGAUCAAAACUUAAUACGCGUCUCAGACUACAGCUUUGGGCUAUCUACCUCGGUUCCGUCCCUCAGCCCUCCGCUGUCGGGAUCCUUACCUGAUUCAUUGAACCAACUCAAUGGCCUUAGAUUUACUUGA